UAUCAGACUUCUAUCAGAAAGAUGUUUCUCUUGAGGCAAAACAUCUCAAAGCAGCAUGCGAGCAGCAGUGACGUCGCACCAAGAUCCGCCGGACGAAAGUCCAACUCUGAGGACUCCAAGAGGCCGUUGCGUCGGAAGACCAGUUAUGUGGAAAAUUUAUCCUCAGUUGACCGGAUCCGCAAACAUGCCACCAGACAUUUGGGCUACAGCACGCUCAGCCUGGCCAUGCGAGGUCUGGAGGAGAUGCCCGAUGAAUUAUGGGAGCUCCAAGAGCUCCAGAAACUCAAUAUCUCCUUAAACGCUCUGUCGCUUCUGCCGUCAGGCCUGGGGAAUCUGGAGAACCUUGUGAUCCUCAACUUGUGGGGGAACGAACUAGUCGAGCUCCCGCCGGAGAUCGGAAGGCUCAGCAAUCUCCGCGUGCUUUUUGCGCACAGGAACCGCUUGAGUGACGUUCCAGAGGAGCUCGGAAGCUGCACCAACCUGGAGGUCCUGAGUUUGGCCAACAACCAGAUCAGCACGCUUCCCAACAGCCUGUCCAACAUGCGCAAGCUCACCAAGCUCAACCUCAGCCACAACUGCAUCCAGCACAUCCCGGCCUGCGUCUACAGCAUGAGGAGCCUCGUCUUCUUGCAUCUGGCCAACAACCGUCUGGAGAACCUCGCCGACAAGAUCCAGGAGCUGGUGAACCUGAAGAUCCUGAUCGUGGAGCAGAACUCGCUGCACACGCUUCCCAGGACGCUGUGCCGUCUGACGGGCCUGGAGCUCCUGAACGUGGACUUCAACGACCUGCAGAGCGUUCCUGAUGAGAUGUACAUGCUCAGGCGGCUGGAGAAGCUCGCUUGCCAUCCUCUGGAUAAGGGGCUGCAUAUAGUCCACAAUCCGCUGGUCAAGCCCAUUAAGGAGGUUCUGCAAGGAGGUCUGAAAGGCCUUUAUAGCUACCUCAAACCUGCAUGAAGAUAAAUGGAGAAUCUGUUAGUCGAAGCAUUGCACGCUGUAAGUACACUGUGAAAAAAAGUAAAGAUUAUUGGGGUAUGUUUUACAAGAAAAUACUUUAGUUUAGGGUCCAAUUCUCACUAUUAACUACAACCUUUGCCUCAAUAAACUCCUAAUUACUGCUUAUUAAUAAUUAGUAAGGUAGUUGUUAAGUUUAGGAUUAAGGGAUGUAGAAUAUGGUCAUGCAGAAUAAGGCAUUAAAAUGUGCUAAUAAAGUAGUUAAUAGUGAGAAUUGGACCCUAAACUAAAGUGUUACCGAAAAUACUUUUUCAGUCUUUGUAUAGUGAUGUUCUUCCUCAGUGUUUCUGUCUCUCAAGAUACAUUUACUGGAGAAGAGAAAUGAGUCUUGCUUUAUGUAAAAAAAAAAAAAAAAAAAAAAAAAGUGAGUUUUUGCUUAAAACAAGAGAAGAUAUUAGAAAAAAUAAGCUGAAUUUAAAGGAAAAACAAGAUUUUAUUGUAAGAUAUUGGUGCAUAGGCACCUAUUGUAUUCGUUGGUGUUCUUCCUUUCUUGAGAACCAUAUGUUAAAAAGUUAUGAAAUUUGGCACACAGAUAGAGGACAGUCUGAACAUUAAUCACACCAAAUGACAAAUUUUGAGUCUCUAACUCAAUCGCUCUAGCACCACCAACUGUCCAAAUUUCACAUUUAUGCUAGAAACCUUUGAACUGUAAGGGCUAGAAACCAAAUUAUUUUUUCCUCUGAUUUUUUUGGCUCAAGUUUGUACGAUUAAAUUGUACAAAGUCAUGAAUUUUCCCAAAAAUGUACUUUUUCUAACUCCUCCUCCAA